CGCGUAGUUUAUUCGAAAAAAAAUCGGAUUCGGGUUUCGACGAUGGAUACCCGAAACGACGUAACUUUAUGUGACUCGCACAAAUUCAAACUCGUUAAACUGAAUGUGCUAAAGUUUGCGUAUAUGCACCUAGCUGCAUUGUAUGGAAUCUAUUUAUGUUUUACAUCCGCCAAAUGGGCGACAAUAAUAUGGGCAUUCUUAUUACUUGAAGGAGCAAAACUUGGAAUCACGGCUGGAGCACACAGACUUUGGUGUCACAGGGCGUACAAGGCCAAGAUGCCGCUGCAGAUUAUCCUCUUGAUUUUAAAUAGCAUUGCCUUUAUGAAUACAGCCAUUUAUUGGGUGAGAGACCAUAGGAUUCACCACAAGUAUACCGACACGGAUGCUGACCCCCACAACUCAAGACGUGGCUUCUUCUUUUCGCAAAUAGGAUGGCUGUUCGUUCGGAAACACCCCCAGGUCAUGGAGAAAGGAAAAACCAUUUACAUGGAUGACAUUUACAGUAACAAACUAUUAGUGUUCCAAAGAAAGUAUGCCGUUAUUGUUAUCGGACUGUGGGCGUAUGUUAUACCAACAGUUGUCCCAAUGUAUUUCUGGAAUGAAAGUUUGAGCAAUUCUUGGCAUAUAUGUACGAUGCUUCGUCACGUGCUCACCAUCAACCUCAUUUUCUUGGUCAACAGCAUCGGGCAUAGAUGGGGAAAUCGACCAUUUGAUAAGAGUAUUAGACCUGUUGAGAAUGUUGCAGUUUCGAUUUUGUCUACGGGAGAAUGUUUCCACAACUACCAUCAUGUGUUUCCCUUUGAUUACAAAGCGUCUGAACUAGGAGACACCAUGUUCAAUGCUGCUACCAUGUUCAUCAAUUUCUUUGCCUUGCUUGGUUGGGCUUAUGACUUGAAAGUAAUUCCGGACAAAAUGAUUAUUGCGCGAUCGCAAAGAACUGGCGACGGGAAGAACCUAUGGGGAUGGGGAGACAAAGACCAAACCGAAGAAGAAACUAAGAAUGUAGAACUGUUAUAUUGUAAGAAUUAGAUAUUUCCAGG